AUGGAUUUGGGCAGUGUUUGCAGAGCUUGGAUUGUGUGGGUGUUGUUGUCCGGGACCCUGAGCCUGGGUUGUGAGAGGCUGCAGUUACUGCAAGAUCUCAAUAUGGACACUCUGGGCAAACUGAAUGAAAUGGGCGGCCCCUUUCCGUGGCAUUGUGUCAGAGAGAAGGUCCCGUUGAAAACACAGCCCUUGAAACUGGUGAACCUUGCAAAUGGGUUGUCGGCUCUGAAGAAGAUCCAGAUUGUCCUUCAAACACUGAGGCAAACCAGCGAGAUCUACAGCGAGGAUACGGGCUCGGCCCCGUGGCCCCGCGAAGAGGUGGAAAGCUUCCGGCUUCUACUGCAUCGGCAGAUCAGAGAGCUGGAGGAAUGCGCAUGGAAACGGGCGCCGGAGUCUCAGCAAAAGAGAAACAUUGCUGUUCACAAAUACUUUCGAAAACUGCGACGCUUUCGGAAACAUCAGAACUUUGGCGACUGUGCCUGGGAAAUGAUCCGCGCCGAGACAAGAGCCCAUUUACAGCAGAUCCUUCUCAUAACGGCAAACAUGAGGAGCUAA